UCCUUCCUAUAGCAGGGUGACCUGAAUUGGAUGCUGUAUUCUGAAAUAUCAGAGUCGACAGGCCAAUUAAUAAGUCUCUGUAGGUGAUCAAGAGCGUCGGAUGGUGUGACUUGCAGAGAUUUAUUAUUCAGCCUUUGACACUCCACUCACACCAUUUACAUGACCUUUGGGUCUCUCUGCCCAAUCAUCUCUCUGCCCAAUGAUCUCACUACCCAACGAUCUCACUGCCCAAUCAUCUCACUGCCCAAUCCUCUCACUGCCCAACGAUCUCACUGCCCAAUCCUCUCACUGCCCAACGAUCUCACCGCCCAACGAUCUCACCGCCCAACGAUCUCCCUGCCCAAUCCUCUCACUGCCCAACGAUCUUACUGCUCAACGAUCUCACUGCCCAACGAUCUCACCGCCCAACGAUCUCACCGCCCAACGAUCUCACCGCCCAACGAUCUCACCGCCCAACGAUCUCACCGCCCAACGAUCUCACCGCCCAACGAUCUCACCGCCCAACGAUCUCACCGCCCAACGAUCUCACCGCCCAACGAUCUCACCGCCCAACGAUCUCACCGCCCAACGAUCUCACCGCCCAACGAUCUCACCGCCCAACGAUCUCACCGCCCAACGAUCUCACCGCCCAACGAUCUCACCGCCCAACGAUCUCACCGCCCAACGAUCUCACCGCCCAACGAUCUCACCGCCCAACGAUCUCACCGCCCAACGAUCUCACCGCCCAACGAUCUCACCGCCCAACGAUCUCACCGCCCAACGAUCUCACCGCCCAACGAUCUCACCGCCCAACGAUCUCACCGCCCAACGAUCUCACCGCCCAACGAUCUCACCGCCCAACGAUCUCACCGCCCAACGAUCUCACCGCCCAACGAUCUCACCGCCCAACGAUCUCACCGCCCAACGAUCUCACCGCCCAACGAUCUCACCGCCCAACGAUCUCACCGCCCAACGAUCUCACCGCCCAACGAUCUCACCGCCCAACGAUCUCACCGCCCAAUCAUCUCACUGCCCAAUUAUCUCACUGCCCAAUCCUCUCACUGCCCAACGAUCUCACUGCCCAAUCAUCUCACUGCCCAAUCAUCUCACUGCCCAAUCAUCUCACUGCCCAAUCAUCUCACUGCCCAAUCAUCUCACUGCCCAAUCAUCUCACUGCCCAAUCAUCUCACUGCCCAAUCAUCUCACUGCCCAAUCAUCUCACUGCCCAAUCAUCUCACUGCCCAAUCAUCUCACUGCCCAAUCAUCUCACUGCCCAAUCAUCUCACUGCCCAAUCAUCUCACUGUCCAAUCAUCUCACUACCCAAUGAUUUCUCUGCCCAAUGAUCUCUCUGCCCAAUCAUCUCUCUGCCCAAUCAUCUCUCUGCCCAAUCAUCUCACUGCCCAAACAUCUCACUGGUCAAUGAUUUCUCUGCCCAAUGAUCUCUCUGCCCAAUCAUCUCACUGCCCAAUCAUCUCACUGCCCAAUCAUCUCACUGCCCAAUGAUUUCACUGCCCAAUGAUCUCACUGCCCAAUCAUCUCACUGCCCAAUCAUCUCUCUGCACAAUGAUCUCACUGCCCAAUGAUCUCUCUGCGUAUAAAUUCUGUGCCUGUGUGCUUCCCUCGAACUACAGUUGAUGAAGGAGCGGCACUUCAAAAGCUUGUGAUU